AUGGUCAACGGAAAAUGCUCUAAAUUCUUUCCCAAGAGUUACGUCGAGAACACUACGGUUGACAAAGAUGGAUAUCCUGUAUACAGGAGAAGAGAUACCGGAGCAUUUGUUGAGAAGAAUGGUUUCAAGUGUGACAACAGAUACGUGGUGCCAUAUAACAAGGAACUAUCUUUGAACCUCCAGAAAAUAGUCAGCACAGAGCAAGAUACGAACAAAGACAACGAUGAUCCUGAGAAGCCGAAGAAUGAGAUCAAAGAUUUUUUCGAUUGCAGCCUCCGAGGCGGUUUGGCGGAUUCUAAAUUUCCAAUGCACUGGAGAUCAACACCUGUUGAGAAGUUAGCUUUCCAUCUCGAAGGCAAACAACUCCUCUAUUUUAAAGCAGAUGAUGAUGUCCAAACUAUUUUGAGUCGCAAAUCCGCUGAGAUCUCUCAAAUGAUCGCGUGGUUUAGAUUGAACGAGACAAAUGAGUUUGCAAGAACACUGACAUUUGCACAGAUCCCUAACUACUUCACUUACAACAAGAAAGAUCGGGAAUUUAGACCAAGGAAACAGGCGGGUUUUAGUAUCGGAAGAAUCAAUUACGUGCCGCGCAAGAUAGAAGAGGGUUAUUAUCUCCGAGUCCUUCUUAAUAUUGUAACGGGUCCCAGAUCGUUUGAAGAGAUCAGAACCUACCGAGGUGUCGUUUAUGAAAAGUUUAAGGAAGCAUGCUAUGCAAGAGGACUGCUAGAUGAUGAUGAGGUGUGGGUUGAUAGUAUCAAAAGUGCAAGCGAAUGGUGUUUCGGUGAUCAUCUUCGAAAUCUUUUUGCGGUUAUGCUUGCCAGUGAUUGCUUUACAACACCGGAGGAUGUUUGGGAAAGAACAUGGCACAUCCUAGCGGAAGACAUGGAGGAGAAGAAGAGGAUUGAAAAUGAAAAUCCAGCUCUUAUUCUGGACGAGAAACAGAAGAGGAAUUUCGUUCUUCAGGAGAUUCAAAUGGUGAUGUUAAGGAAUGGGACAUCGUUGUCUAAUUAUACAUCAAUGCCCCAACCACAGAAAGAUGACUUCGCCUAUUCAAAUCGAUUGUUAACUGACGAGCUAAGCUACGACAAAGACUUGCUGAAGGUUAAACAUGAUGAAUGGAUAAAGAUGAUGACUACCGAGCAGAAGGGUGUUUACGAUGAGAUCACUGGAGCGGUCUUGGAUAAAAAGGGAGGAAUAUUUUUCGUUUAUGGUUUCGGAGGGACGGGCAAAACAUUCAUGUGGAAAACACUAUCAGCUGCUAUACGAUCUAGAGGGGAGAUUGUUCUGAACGUUGCUUCUAGCGGGAUAGCUUCUUUGUUGUUAGAAGGUGGACGUACUGCUCAUUCAAGGUUUGCCAUUCCAAUAAAUCCUGAUGAUUUCACAAUGUGUAAAUUCGCACCAGGCUCCGAUCUUGGGAAUCUUGCUAAGCAAGCAUCGCUUAUUAUUUGGGAUGAAGCGCCUAUGAUGAGCAAGUAUUGUUUCGAGGCUCUGGAUAGGUCUUUACGAGACGUUAUUGGUAAUGUUGACAACAAGCCUUUUGUGGGGAAGGUUGUAGUAUUUGGUGGUGAUUUUCAGACAAGUUCUUCAUGUGAUUGUAAAUGCCGGUCGUGCGGAGAUUGUACUUGCUUCAUUGAAUUCUUCUUAUCUAUGGGAACAUUGCAAAGUAUUGAAGUUAACGAAGAAUAUGAGGCUGUUUAA